AUGAGCGGCGGCAGGUUCGACUUCGACGAUGGAGGUGCCUACUGCGGGGGCUGGGAAGGGGGCAAAGCCCACGGGCACGGCAUCUGCACCGGCCCCAAGGGCCAGGGCGAGUACUCGGGCUCCUGGAACUAUGGCUUCGAAGUGGUGGGCGUGUACACGUGGCCCAGCGGCAACACCUACGAAGGCUACUGGUCCCAAGGCAAGAGGCACGGCCUAGGAAUCGAGACCAAAGGACGGUGGGUUUACAGAGGCGAGUGGACCCAUGGCUUUAAGGGACGGUACGGCGCGAGGCAGAGCAUGAGCAGCGGAGCCAAGUACGAAGGUACCUGGAAUAACGGCCUGCAGGACGGCUAUGGCACCGAGACGUACGCUGACGGAGGCACGUAUCAGGGCCAGUUCACCAACGGCAUGCGGCACGGCUAUGGCGUGCGGCAGAGCGUGCCCUACGGCAUGGCCUCCGUGGUCCGCUCCCCGCUGCGCACCUCCCUCUCCUCCCUGCGGAGCGAGCACAGCAACGGCACCCUGCCCCAGCAGGACUCCCCCGCCGCCAACCCCGAGAGCCUGCCCCUCUCGCCCACCAUCACCCGCGGGGGCUUUGCCCUCAGCCUCUACGCGGAGGCGGAGGCCGGCAAGCCGAAGAAGGGGGGGCUCUUCCGCAGGGGCUCCUUACUGGGGAAGCUGAAGAAGUCUGAGUCCAAGUCAUCCCUGGCCAGCCAGAAGAGCCGCGUCAGCUUCCUCAAGAGCGAGAGCGGGAUCAGCUCGGCCGCCAGCGACGCCACCUCCACUGUCAGCCUGGGCGAGGGCGCCGAAGGCGAGGAGUACCCCCCCUUCGAGUCCGACAUCGACGCCACCACCACGGAGACCUACAUGGGCGAGUGGAAAAACGACAAGCGCGCCGGCUUCGGCGUCAGCGAGCGCUCCAGUGGGCUGAAGUAUGAGGGCGAGUGGCUGGACAACCUGCGGCAUGGCUACGGCUGCACCACGUUGCCCGACGGCAAGAAGGAGGAGGGCAAGUACCGCCACAACGUCCUCGUCAAGGGCAUGAAGAAGCGUGUGAUACCCCUCAAGAGCGCCAAGAUCCGGCAGAAGGUGGACAGGAGCGUGGAGGGGGCUCAGAGGGCUGCAGCCAUCGCCCGGCAGAAGUCGGAGAUUGCGGCGUCCAGGACGGCUCAUGCCAAAGCCAAGGCUGAAGGGUCAGAGCAGGCAGCUCAGGCAGCUAACAAUGAAUCGGGCAUAGCCAGAAUGAUGGCCAGGGAGCUCUCCCCGGACUUCUAUCAGCCAGGCCCCGAGUACCAGAAGCGGAAGCUGCUGCAGGAGAUCGUGGAGAACGCCGAGCACGCUGUCAACAUGGAGGAAGAGGGCGAGGGCCGCCCGGCCUCAAGGGGCUGGGGGCACCCGGCCGAGCAGAUGGAGAUCGGGCCGCUGCAGAGGAUGGCGCGCGAGCCCGACGUCGAGCUCUUCAAGGGCUACCACAGCUACGCCGUCCGGACCUCCCCGGUCUCCCCCGCCCCGGACUAUGAGGAGGAGCCGCUGCCGGAGCCCGAGCCGCCCUCCCCGGAGCCCCGGGGGGGUACCCCUGCCCCGCCGCAGGAGCGGGAGGAGAAGCCGGCGGCCAGGGCGGAGGCCAAGCCGGAGCCGCCCCGGCCCAAGGAGCUGAAGCAGCGGCCCAGCCCUGAGCACAGGGCGGCGGGCCGGGGCGAGCCCGCUGCCGACAGGAAGACUGAGGCCAGGGCACCGGGGCGGACGGAGCCCAAGGUGGGGGCCAAGCGGAGCCCGGCCCUGGCAGCGGCCCCGGCAGCGGCGGUGGCGGCAGCACAGGAGGCGGAGGAGUGCGAAGAGGGACCUAACACAAUCGUGAUCUGCAUGGUCAUCUUAUUGAACAUUGGUCUGGCCAUCCUAUUUGUACAUUUUUUGACAUGA